AUGAUUGGAGGAUUAUAUACCGGUGGCUACCACGAGGUGUGGUCCGAGCUAAAGCGCCGUUAUGAUAAUCCGCGCCUACUGUCAGAAACACAUGUGCAGAGCUUUCUUGAUCUAGCGAACAACCCAGCAGAAUCAUCGAAUACGCUGCGAUCAAUUGUGGAUUGUGUGCGCAAUUCAUUUCGUGCACUUGCUGUUAUGGACAUUCCAGUGCACCACUGGGAUGCGAUAGUAGUUCCUGUACUUUUGCCGAAGCUACCAACAACGACACGGAAUGAAUGGGGAAUGAGCCUUACAACUGUGAGCAUACCGAAAUUGGAGGAUUUACUGUUAUUCCUCGAACGACGUGCCAAAAAUAUUACCUUUGCCCCACAUACCGUUAUAACAGAACCGUUGUAUAGGCGUUCCGCUUCUCGUAUAGUUAAGGCGCACGUGGGCGCAACGAAUAGUACUCAAUUUACAAGCGAACCCGCUGCCAAUGUUGGUUGCCCUCAGUGCUCAGGUAAUCAUCGUUUAAUAAGGUGUCUUCAGUUUCGGAACAUGCAGGUCCCUGAACGCUGGGACCGUGUAAGGCGUUUAGCUGUAUGCUUCAAUUGUCUACGUUCAGAACAUACCGUUCAUCAGUGUACUUCUGGUGUGUGUUCGUUUUGCCAGCAAGGGCAUAACACGCUACUCUGUCGACGUACAGGUACGAAACCUGUAGAGAAUAUAGCGGAUACGAGUGUAUCCCGACCAUCAGCAGCUUCGGUAACAACGCCAGGCUCUACAUCAACAUUAAGCUUAGGUGCUGCGGCGAAACACACUUCUACUGGACCGCAAGUGUAUUCCCGCCAGCAAUGA